GGAGUCCCUAAGCUAUCAGAUGGAUAUCAACUCGUUGGUGCCCAACCCCACGCUCAAGAGGGUGCAAGACGCCCUCAUCGAUCGUCAUCUAGGCAACUGCAUUCCGGUUUACCUAGAGCUCCCCGCGGACCUGUUCACACCAUGCAUGGCAUAUCUGAGAGUCGCGAAAGAUGCGAAGUACUCGUUCCUGCUCGAAUCGGUCAUUGCCGGAGAGAACGUCGCCCGGUAUAGUUUCAUUGGAGCUGACCCAUUGCGGGUGAUCAAGACUGGACCGGGGCUAGACUUCGAGGGAGACCCUGUCAUUCCUUUGCAGAAGGAGUUGUCGAUGUACAAAUAUGUGAAGAUACCGGAGGUGCCCACCUUCACAGGUGGCGCUAUCGGGUAUGUGGGCUACGAUUGUGUAAACUACUUCGAACCCAAGACCGCCCGUAACCUUCGUGACCCUCUCGGUAUCCCUGAAGCCUUUUUCAUGCUCUGCGAUACGAUUAUCAUCUUCGAUCACCUGUACCAAUCCAUCAAAGUUGUAUCCCACGUCUUCGCGCAUGCGACGUCGCGCUCCGAUCUCCCGAUUCUGUACGAAACGGCGGUGGCCAAGUGCCGUCGGGUGGCACGCAUGAUCCUCUCCCCGUAUACCCCAGCAGUUCGUCAAGCUCCGAUCGUUCUCGACCAGAAGACCACGUCGAAUGUCGGCAAGGAGGGGUACGAGCGUUUCGUAUCCGAAUUGAAGAAGCACAUUAUCGCCGGAGAUAUUAUUCAGGCCGUGCCUUCUCAGCGACUCAGUCGGCCGACGACGCUGCAUCCAUUCAAUGCUUACAGGCAUCUGAGGCAAGUGAAUCCGAGUCCGUACAUGUUUUACCUGGACUGUGGAGAUAUACAACUGGUCGGUGCCAGCCCGGAGACGCUUUGCAAGGUUACGCGAAACAAAGUGGAGAACCACGCUCUCGCCGGAACGGUGCGCAGGGGCAAGUCCCCAAAAGAGGAUGAAGAACUUGGUGCGCAACUGCAGGCGUCGGAGAAGGACCGCGCGGAGCAUAUCAUGCUGGUCGAUCUUGCCCGCAAUGACGUAAAUCGGGUGUGCAAGCCCGAGACGGUCAAAGUGGAAGAGCUUAUGAAGCUCAAAAUGUAUUCCCACGUGAUCCAUCUAGGCAGCACUGUAACGGGCGAGCUGCGGGCGGGCAAGACACGAUUCGACGCUUUCCGUUCCAUCUUCCCUGCAGGCACCGUUUCUGGCGCGCCUAAAAUUAAGGCUAUCGAGCUUGUCCAGGACUUGGAGCGGGAACGGCGGGGCGUGUACGCCGGUGCGGUCGGGCGCUUCGACUUUGCCAGCGAUGAGAUGGACACGUGUAUUGCCAUCCGCACGAUGACGUUCAAGGAUGGUGUCGUCUACUUCCAGGCAGGAGGGGGCAUCGUGUACGACAGCGUGGAGGAGGACGAAUAUAUUGAGACGCUCAACAAGCUGAGGGCGAACGUCAAGGCGAUCGAGGAGGCAGAGAAGUAUCAUUAUGCUCUUCAGAACCCACAAUAG